AUGCUGACAAGGGUAUUAGCCAGAUAGAUGCGUGCAGCAUUCUCUGCCGCUAAGAAGUAAGCAGAGACUACAGCAACUACAACAACAACCAAAGCUACUACUAAAACAACCACAGGUCAAAUUGCUUAAGUUAUUGGUGCUGUCGUCGAUGUUCAAUUUGAUGGACCUCUUCCACCCAUCUUGAAUGCUUUGUAAGUGCAAGGCACUAGUCACAAAUUAAUUUUGGAGGUAGCACAACACUUGGGUGAUAGCAGAGUCAGAACAAUUGCUAUGGAUUCAACAGAAGGUCUCAUUCGUGGAUAACCAGUUUCAGAUUUAGGAGGUCCCAUCACUAUUCCAGUUGGUCCUGAGACUUUGGGACGUAUUAUGAAUGUGAUCGGUGAUCCAAUUGAUGAAAGAGGACCAAUCGAAACUAAAAUAAGAUACCCUAUCCAUAGAGAAGCUCCAAGUUUUGUGGAUUAAGGAAGUGGUGCAGAAAUAUUGAUUACAGGAAUCAAAGUCGUCGAUUUAUUGGCUCCAUAUGCUAGAGGUGGUAAGAUUGGAUUGUUCGGUGGUGCAGGAGUCGGAAAGACUGUGCUUAUUCAGGAAUUGAUUAACAAUGUUGCUAAAGCUCAUGGUGGUUAUUCAGUGUUUGCAGGGAGAAACGAUCUUUAUCACGAAAUGGUUGCAUCAGGUGUCAUCAAUUUGAGUGGAGGAUCAAGAUGUGCCUUAAUUUAUGGAUAAAUGAAUGAGCCCCCCGGUGCCAGAGCCAGAGUUGGUUUGACUGGUUUGACAGUUGCUGAAUAUUUCAGAGACGAAGAAGGAAAGGAUGUGUUACUCUUUAUUGACAACAUUUUCAGAUUCACAUAAGCAUGUUCAGAAGUGUCAGCCUUAUUGGGACGUAUCCCAUCAGCUGUCGGUUAUCAACCAACAUUGGCAACAGAUUUAGGUCAAUUGUAAGAACGUAUCACAACAACCAAGAAGGGAUCCAUCACAUCAGUCUAAGCUAUUUAUGUACCUGCAGAUGAUCUUACAGAUCCAGCACCUGCCACAACAUUUGCUCACUUGGAUGCCACCACUGUGUUAUCAAGAGCAUUGACUGAAUUGGGUAUCUAUCCAGCUGUCGACCCAUUGGAUUCUUCAUCACGUAUGAUGGACCCAAAUAUUGUUGGUGAAAAACAUUAUACAGUCACAAGAGGAGUUUAAAAAUUGUUGUAAGAUUACAAAUCACUCCAAGAUAUCAUUGCCAUUUUGGGUAUGGAUGAAUUGUCUGAAGAUGAUAAACUCACUGUCGCCAGAGCCAGAAAAGUAUAAAGAUUCCUUUCAUAACCAUUCUUCAUGAGUGAAGUCUUCUCAGGAAGAAAGGGUAAAUUCGUAUCACUCAAUGACACAAUUUCUGGAUUCAGAGCUUUACUUGACGGUGAAGGUGAUGAAUACCCAGAAAAUGCAUUCUAUAUGUAAGGAACAUUUGAAGAUGUCAUUGAAGAAGCCAAAAGAGUUGCAGCUGAAACAACCAAAUGAAAGACACCUUCAUUCACAUUAAAUAAAUAUAAUAUCGUUCUUAUUAUUAUUCACUUCA